UACAGGGCUGAUAUUAUUAUUAUUAUUAUUAUUAUACCUAUCGGACAUCCAACCCACUAAAGAUUACAAACUCCAUGUCAUAACUUGCACGUCGGUACUCAAUUAUGUCCUAAGAUAACUUUUAUGUAAACGGUACUGUAUGUUGUCAAAGAACAACAAACAGACAGUCUUUAUCUAAAGUUGGUGCUGUGAACACGAGUAGAAAAAUAAUUAUUUUUUAAACGAUGACUGGAUUCAGAGGCAGUAACAUACCAAAAACAAGUCACGCAAAUGAUGCCGUACAUUGGUAUUUAAGUGAUUUAACACAUCGUGUAGUAGAAAAAUCUGGAAUAUCCAACGACCGAUAUCAUCUAGGAAAGAUCAUACUGCAAAGUCUUAAAGAUGACCCACAAUUACUAUCUCAAAUAGACGGCGGUACGGGAGAGUCAGAAACCUUCAGAUCAGUAUUAAAGAGAUCGGUGCAAUGUGCUAACGGACUCAGAAAGCUAGGUCUUAAAACCGGUGACGUCAUGAUUCUAAUGGCACCAAACCAUUUGGACUUGGCCAUUCCCUUCUACGCAGCUCUGUAUCUUGGAAUUACUAUUGCCCCAAUCGACAGGUUAUUAAGAGUUAGCGAACUCGAAGACGUCUUCCACGUUGAUAAUCCGAAAAUUAUUUUCUGUCAAAACGAAAGACUUUCUGAUGUUUUGGAAGCUUCUAAAAAUUCUGUCGUAAAACCUGAAGUUAUUACUUUCGAUAAUGGUGAUCAAGUGCUGAGCUUUGCAGACUUUCUAGAAAGCUAUGGAAACGACGUCAGUAUUGAAGAUUUCAGAGCCUCAGAUUUCGCGCCGAGCACAACAAUAGCAUUAUUAAUAAACACAAGCGGUACGACUGGCAAACCGAAAUCGGCUGCAGUUACACACAGAAGUUUUGCUAUAUCCAUGCCCUGCAUAUGGGAAAGAUUUACUACAUUUCCAAAUCCAACAAAACUGGUGGUCAUUUUAUCUCCACUUCAAUGGCUGACUGCGAUCACGAUCUUUCUAGCUUCAGCAGUUUUAAAAUUUGCUAGACUACAAUCAUCUCUGCCAGUGACACAACAACACGCUUACUUUUUGUUCAAUAAAUACAGGCCAUCAUUCAUCAUUUCGAGUCCAACUAUGAUGACAACUCUCAUAAAAUCUGAUGAUAGAGAGACAUGCGAUUUCUCAUGUUUCGAAACGAUACUAAUUGGUGGAAGUGCUGUUAGCAAAACUCUUAUUGAAGAAGUUAAGAAAUUAGUACCAAAAGCAGAUGUGUUUUCAGCUUACGGUAUGAGUGAAUGUACUACAAUGAUAUUCCAACAUGGCAACACUCCGCCUGGUUCUUGCGGGAUGCCCAGCGGAUCGUUCCAAUACAGGUUGGUAGAUCCUCUAACUGGUGAAGAUAUACAUGAGCCUAACGUUCCUGGGGAGUUGAGACUUCAGAGUCCGGUUCUUUUUGCGGGUUACUUCAAUAAUCCUGAAGCGACAGCAGAGACCAUGGAAGACGGGUGGUUGAAGACAGGAGACCUCUUCUACAGAGACGAGAAUUGGAACUUUUUUUUUGUUGACCGGCUGAAACAAUUGCUCAAGUACAAAAGUCAUCAAAUCUCGCCAGUGGAAGUGGAAGAUGUGAUCCGACAGCAUCCGAGCGUGUUGGACGUGGCGGUGGUGGGGAUACCAGACCCCGAGUGCGGAGACUUGCCGGUAGCUUGCGUGGUGCCUAAACCGGGACACACUAUAGUCCCGCAACAAAUCAAGGACUUAGUCAAAAACACGUUAGCCGAUUCAAAGCAGCUGAGAGGCGGAGUGGUCGUGAUGAGUGAGCUGCCUCUCACCGCCACUACGAAACUGCACAGACAGAAACUUAAUCAAAUGGUCCUCACCGCGAACAGAGAAUAAAAUUAUGUAUAUUUAUAAAUAAAUUUAAUUAAUGUUAUCUAACUAAUGUUUUCGUUUCUUUAUUAAUUAAAUACACGCUUACAUUAUCUUA